CACAGUUACAUCGCGGGGCAGCCGCUAUAGGUGCCAAGUGGAUCUCUCGCUCGCUCGCUCCGUGUUUGGUUUUUCCUGCUGCUGUUGCUCCACGAAUUCUCCCGGGGGAAGGACUUCAGGCGGGAGCUGCCUUUUUCAUGGCUUUUCUUCCCCAGGAUGAGAUCCCGAGUGCUGCCCCCAAGAGACUCUACACGCGAAUGGAGGCCUCCUGCCUCGAACUAGCCCUCGAAGGAGAGCGACUGUGCAAAGCUGGGGACUUCAAGGCUGGAGCAGCGUUCUUCGAAGCAGCGGUACAGGUGGGGACAGAGGAUCUGAAGACUCUUAGCGCUAUCUACAGCCAGCUGGGCAAUGCCUACUUCUAUCUAAAGGAAUAUUCCAAGGCCCUGGAAUACCAUAAGCAUGACCUCACUCUAGCCAGAACCAUUGGGGACCGUAUCGGAGAAGCCAAGGCCAGUGGCAACCUUGGGAAUACAUUGAAAAUACUUGGGCAGUUUGAUGAAGCCAUCGUUUGUUGCCAGAGACACUUGGAGAUUUCUCAGGAGCAGGGAGACAAGGUAGGUGAAGCUAGAGCGCUGUAUAACAUUGGCAAUGUUUACCAUGCAAAGGGAAAGCAGUUGUCUUGGAGCAUGGCCCAAGACCCAGGGUCCCUGCCUCCAGAAGUCAAGGAGACGCUGCAGAGAGCUUCGGAAUACUAUGAGAGGAAUCUGUCUCUGGUGAAGGAGCUUGGGGACAGAGCCGCUCAGGGCCGAGCCUAUGGGAACCUUGGCAAUACCCAGUACUUGCUGGGGAACUUCAGCGAAGCCACGGCUUUCCACAAAGAGCGACUCGCCAUCGCCAAGGAGUUUGGGGACAAAGCGGCCGAGAGGAGAGCGUACAGCAACCUGGGCAAUGCGCACAUCUUCCUCGGCAGGUUUGACAUCUCGGCGGAGUACUACAAGAAAACACUCCAACUCUCCAGACAACUGAAAGACCAAGCAGUAGAAGCUCAGGCUUGCUACAGCCUCGGAAACACGUACACAUUGCUCCAAGACUACGAGCGAGCCAUCAAGUACCAUCUAAAGCACCUGCUGAUAGCGCAGGAGCUGGGGGACAGAGUGGGAGAAGGAAGAGCCUGCUGGAGUCUAGGAAAUGCCUAUGUCUCUCUCGGGAACCAUGACCAAGCUCUGCGCUUUGCAAGGAAACAUCUUGAAAUCUCCCAAGAGAUCGGGGAUCGGAAUGGGGAGCUGACGGCUCGAAUGAACGUGGCCCAGCUGAAGUCAGCCCUUGGCGAUGAGGAUGGGGAUGCAACCCGUCACUUCGCUGGCUACGAAGCGCAAGGAGCCAGGCCUAAGAGAAUCCAAAGGAACAGCAUGGACAGUUUAGACCUCUUGAAGUUCCCCUCCGAAAAGGAGCAGAAUGGGGAUAGCCACCACAUGGGAAACCUGAAGAUCACGGGAAAGGACUUCUUGUCUCUGCCUGUGAGAUCCAAGAAAUACCAGGAGAACCAGUCCAGUUCAGAGAGGAAAUCCCAGGAUUCCAAUACGUCACCACUGGAUGCCAGUGAUGUCCGACUCCAGGUGUCUCAAUCGAAAAUCAGCCGGGCCCCUUCAGACGAGGAAUGCUUCUUUGACCUGCUGAGCAAGUUCCAGAGCAGUCGAAUGGAUGACCAGCGCUGCCCGCUAGAAGAAUGCCAAACAGAGGCUGCAGAGGCUGCUGCCACCUCCGUGCCUGCCCUGGAAGAACGAAUAUCUCAGUCCUCGUUAAUAGCAUCGCCGCAGACAGAGGAGUUCUUUGAUCUCAUCGCCAGCUCCCAGAGCAGGCGGCUGGAUGACCAGCGUGCCAGCGUGGGCAGCCUGCCCGGCCUCCGCAUCACUCACAACAACCUGGGGCACUUGCGCAUGGAGGGGGAUGCCCAGGAGCCAGGAGACGAGUUCUUCAACAUGCUCAUGAAGUGCCAGUCAUCCCGGAUAGACGAUCAGCGCUGCGCUCCCCCGGAUGCCAUCCCCCGUGGCCCCACCAUGCCUGACGAAGACUUCUUCAACCUCAUCCAGCGCGUCCAGGCCAAACGUAUGGACGAGCAGAGGGUGGAUCUGGCUUCGGCCCAAGAGGAGCAGCAGCAGAGGAGACCCAGCUCCAGCUAAGAAUUGGGGGUUUGCUUUGAGGAAAGUGUCGUCUGUUGAAAAACUGAGCCCAGCUGCUCCGUGGCAGACGUUCCCAGGGAGGAGCAGCCCUGGCCUGUGAAGGGGGUGGGUAUAGAGGGGGAGGGGGUGUUUCCUGCCACUUUUGGGGGUUUAUCUUUCCUUGGAGUAGGGGCUGGGCAGGUUCACAAGCUAGGGACAGUUUUUCUAUAUGGCUUUUUAUAGGCAACCAAUGACUGUUCUACAGCUGAGCAAAGCUAGGAGGAACUGCUCACGCACGGCUGGGGGCUGGGCCCAGAGUGCCAGGGACAUAGACUGAGACAACUGGUGAACUGGCUGCUGCAGCCCCCCCCGCCAGCAGUGCCUGGGAGCGUCUGCACCCCCCUGCCGAGCUCUGUGAGGAAGGGGCAUCCAGAGGCAGGGGGUGCAACCGUGGAGAAGCUGAAGGCGGCCAGCAGUUAGUGUAACCCUGAGCCCUGGGUGCAGCGACCAUGGUCCUACGUGCCGUAAUGUAUUUUAUUUCUGCCACACGUGGGCUAACAGGGCGCCUCUCUUUUCUUUGGACUCCUCCCGGGUCUGGCCAGGAGCCGUUUGGCGCUGUCUUCACCAGCCUGCCACGGUGACAGUGGGAGUCAUUGGAGCUGGGGUCCUGCCCUGCAGUGCCAAGGAAGGCCAGUUCAGGUGCUGGGCA